GUCCUGCCAUCCAAACCCACCAACCGUAUGAAGUCGUUCUAAUCCCAUUCUAUCGAUUUUACGGACGAAUGACCCCUCCCAAGCAGUCGGCUCGCCCGGAAGAACCCCUAAAUGUCCGAUUCUUCCGUUGAUCGGCACACCUGUGCCACAUGCGGAAAGCAGUAUCAGAGGAGCGCCCAUUUGCGUCGGCAUGAGUCUACUCGUGAGUGUAAUGGUGGUUUCCAACUGCUUUUUGUGUCUCAGCCAACGCUCUCAUAUUUCUCUUGCAAAUUUAAUUUUUUUGUACAUCUACGUAGAAAAAUGUGCAUCCAGUCUACAAAGAUUACUGUCGUCAGUCCCAAUUUCAUUUAGCCUCAGUUCCCAUCUAAUGG